UGGAUACAUCGAUGUAAACACACCAAUCGAGAACAUUGCAUGCUUAACAAUGUCAUUUAUCAUCUCGAUUUGUCUAGCAUAUCUCUUCUACUCAACAGAGGGUUGCGAAUGCGAUUUUUGGAAAUCUCUUAAUCAUUUAUCGGAAUUUUUAUAUGAUAUCAAGCUGUAUUUACUUAAAGAUGUAGAAGUCAUUUAUGUAUUCGAAAAGAACUGCGUUUUAUACGAUGCCAUUAACAAUUUACACGACAAGAACAUGACCAUAAUGUAUUUCGCAUUACAAGACGGUGAGAAAAUUCAUCGACUAUCUUCUAGUUUGUUGACUAUGAAUAAGCCUGCUACCCCUAUCUACAUUAUGCUAUUCCAUUGUCCAUUAUCGUUCAUUCCUAUGAUAAAAAGCUCAAUUAUUGCACUUCCUAUGAUACGUUGGUUACUGUUUCACACUGAAGAUUAUUCACAAUACAAUUGCAAAGUGGGAAAAAUCUCUGUAAAUAAUUUUUCUGAUGUUUACUUCAUUAAAGGACCCGUAAUUAUGAAUAGAAACUGCAACCGAUUAUAUUUAUUAGCCGAAUGGUCUUAUACCAAAGGAAUGGAUUCAAAUUCUGUUGUAGGUCUGAUGGAUUCUACUAAUGGAAGUUUUUUAAUGGGUCAAACAUUAACCGCUGCAACAUUAAAUGUGUAUCCAUUUUUUUCUAAAACGGAAAACUUUUUCAUGAAUAAAGAAAAUUUUAGUGGAAUUGAUUUUCAAAUGUUUCAUGCACUUUCACAGCGAUUUAAAUUUAAGUAA